AUGUUUGUCUUGCCUUCCAAGACACACACACACAUAUACACGCAUACACACACACGAAGGAAGGGAAAAUCCGGGUCUGCUGGGCGGUUCAGCUGCUUUGCCGCAGAUUCGCUUGGGCCGAGUACGUUCAAGGGAAUCGAGAAGCUUAAGGGAUGUGAUAAAGAAAAUGCUUAUGAGUUUGAUCUGAGGAAAGACUUUUUCGCAGGUCGACGGGCGACGAUGGGUCUGGACGGCGACUCCCGGACAGAUCACGAGCAGAUUGACGGGUUUCUUGCGGGUCUCGCCGGAAAAGGUAUCACAAAUCUAUCUCUUUCAGUUUCUUUUGCAUCUAAUAAGGAGAGGCUUCAUAAGGUCAGUGAGCUCAUGUCCCAGGAUGGAGCACAUUGGGAUUCCGACCUAGUUACUCAAACCUUUAAGCCAAAAGAAGCCAAGCUUAUAUUAGCCAUCCCUCUAACAAGACAAGGCCAUAGAGACUCCAUCAUUUGGAAUCCCCAUAAGCAUGGUUUAUUCACAGUUAAGUCUGCAUACUCCCUUAUUCUUAAGUCUAAAUUAUCACGAGUUCAGUUUCCAGAAUGA